UCUCUCUCUCUCUCCUCCCUGAACUCCUGGUUAAAAGGAUUGAGCAACUGAGCUCUCCUGCACUUCUCUCAGAAUGGAGUCUGUGCUGAAAUAUCUGGACUGGACGUCAGCGGGCUUGGCCCUGCUGGGUGGUCUGCUCUCUCUGCUUCUCCUGGAGAUCUUCAGGUUGAACUCCUCCAGGAGCCGAAGCCCCCCUGGACCCAAACCACUGCCCUUUGUGGGUAACCUGCCCCAGCUCUCAAAGGAUCGAAUGGCCUUCAUCAGAUCGUUGCCGAAAUAUGGUGAGAUGUGCUCCAUAUACCUGAGCAAGAAGCCAACGAUCGUACUGAACAACAUGCAGCUUGCAAAGGAAGCUUUUGUUCAGAAUGGGACCGUGUUUUCUGGGAGGCCUCUUCCACCUUUAGCACAGUGGAUCAACAAAGGCUAUGGUAUCAUCAUGGCCAAUUAUGGUCACUCUUGGAGGCAGCAGCGCCGCUUUGCUCUGCACACUCUGCGUGACUUUGGUCUGGGAAGGAAAACUGUGGAGGAGCGUGUGGCUGAGGAGGCACAUUACCUCAUCAAGGAGAUGCUCAAACAAGAAGGAAAACCUUUUUAUCCCAUCCAUCAAUUUAUGAAUGCAGUUUCCAAUAUAAUCUGCUCCAUCAUCUUUGGAGACCGCUUCGAGUACGACGACAAGCGCUUUGCUAAGCUGCUAGAAAUUCUGAAUGAAAACGUUCGGUUUGCUGGAUCAUCUGUGGCUCAGAUUUUCAACUUGGUCCCCAUUAUAAAAUACUUUCCAGGGCCGCAACAGAAGAUGCGGCGUAAUGGCGAAGCCUUACAAAAAUUUAUCCUUGAAAUUGUGGAGGAGCACAAGAAGACUCUGGACCCAGACAACCCCCGGGACUUCACUGAUGCCUACUUAAUUGAGAUGACAAAGCAAGAGUCAAAGGAGGACACCACAUUCCAUGUGGAAAACAUGAUGAGGACAAUCUUUGACCUGUUCAUAGCUGGGACAGAAACUACAGCGAAUACCCUCAGAUGGGGGAUCAUUUAUAUGAUGGAACACCCUGACGUGCAAGAGCGCUGUCAUGAAGAGAUCGUUCGAGUGCUGGGUUUUGACCGCUCUCCAUGCAUGAAUGACCGAGCACAGCUACCAUACACUUGCGCCACUGUUUAUGAAAUCCAGCGCUAUGCCAGCAUUGUUCCUCUUGGUGUGUUGCACCAAACCACAGAACCAGCACUGCUACGAGGAUACCACCUGCCUAUGGGAUCUACAAUCAUGGUCAACUUAAUGGCCAUCAUGACUGACAAAGAGCACUGGAAGUAUCCAGACACGUUCAAUCCAGAGAACUUUCUGGAUGAAAAAGGACAGUUCUGCAAAAAUGAUGCCUUUCUGCCAUUUUCUCUGGGUCCGAGGGUGUGUCUGGGUGAGUCUCUAGCAAAGACGGAGCUCUUCAUCUUCUUCACCUCUCUGCUCCAGUGCUUAAAGUUCUCAUGGCCUCCUGGAGCUCCACGCCCACACAUGGACGGCACUGUGGGCGUUGUUCGUUCUCCGUGCCCCUUCAAUACAGUCUGCAGCAGCAGAGAGAACACUCACUGAAUCAAGUUUGCCCUUUACAUGUGAAUUGACAACAUCUCCUCAGGAGAAGUUCCUCUUCUUUAGCACAUCUAUUCAAUCUCAAUAAGAACACAUUAUCAAGCUCUUUCUUCACACAAGGACCAAUGAGUGGUGAAUGUGCAAUACAUGACAUUCCAGCGUAAUAAUAGGCAUAAUAAUUAUUUUUUAUUCACUUUUCCUAACAAAGGAUUUAUAUGGUUUAAAAUGAAUGUUGAAAAAAAGGCCAAUUCAGCACCUGAAAGCCCAAUAAUCACUUAAAGGUUGGGCACAAGAUUUGAUGAGGAAAACACAAACAAAAGCGCUCUGCAAAAUGUUUAAUUGCUUGUAAUUACUCCUUAAUAAAGGAUUAAUUAUUAGCUGGCUAAUUAGCAGUUACUGAACUGAUAGGCUUAAUAAAGUCAUUAUAUUUGACACCUAAAA